AGUAGAAUCUGCACGUAGUUCAAAAUGUCCUUCAAAGAACUGACAGCCCGAGCAGUGUUGCUGUAUGAUGAAUGGCUUAAGGAUGCAGAUCCCAGAGUUGAAGAUUGGCCAUUAAUGUCUUCUCCACUCCCACAAACAAUUAUCCUUGGAACCUACCUCUACUUCAUUACGUACUUGGGGCCAAAACUAAUGGAGAACAGGAAGCCAUUGCAUUUGAAACAAGCAAUGAUUGUGUACAAUUUUUCUAUUGUGAUCUUUUCAAUCUAUAUGUGUUAUGAAUUCCUUAUGUCUGGCUGGGCCACGGGAUAUUCGUUCCGUUGUGAUGUUGUUGAUUACUCCCGGUCACCUCAAGCCCUCAGGAUGGCCUGGACUUGCUGGCUAUUUUACAUUUCAAAGUUUAUUGAGCUAUCAGACACUAUCUUCUUUGUGCUUCGAAAGAAGAAUAGCCAAGUGACAUUUCUUCAUGUUUAUCACCACACCAUCAUGUCUUUCACAUGGUGGUUUGGAGUCAAAUUUGCUCCAGGUGGUCUAGGAACAUUUCAUGCUCUUGUAAACUGUAUUGUGCACAUAAUCAUGUAUACGUACUAUGGUUUAUCUGCAUUGGGGCCAUCUUACCAGAAGUAUUUAUGGUGGAAGAAGUACAUGACGACAAUUCAAUUGGUGCAGUUUGUGGUGAUUACUGUCCACAUUGGGCAGUUCUUCUUCAUGAAAAAUUGCCAAUACCAGUAUCCAGUCUUUCUGUAUAUAAUAUGCCUUUAUGGAGUUAGUUUUAUGGUUUUAUUCCUCAACUUCUGGUACUAUGCAUAUAUAAAAGGGCAACGAUUGCCAAAGAAUGCUACAAGCAAGUUGAAGCAGUAAAAAUAGCAAGAACUGGAAGAUACUUUGUCUAUGAUUGAACUUUAGACAAUAAUGAACGUGUAUGGCACACCAUUGGGCAUUGUAUGUUAUUCUUUUAAAAACUGGACAAUAUUUAUCUGUUUGAUUCUCUGAAAUUGAUUUAUUGAGGCAUGCUAAUGUAUAGCUGCUAAACAUGUGAAAAAUAUCAAAUCCAUUUAGAAUCUGACAACUUUGCAAACCCUAACCUAUGCCCUGGUAAUAUUUUCUGUCAUUGUGAUUGGUCUAGCUAUUAACGCUCUCUUCUGUCUUUUCUAAUUGUAUAAGAUGAUGCAAUUGAGAUGCCUUAUGUGUUAGGCCUACUUGCUAUGCAGAGUUUUGCAGCAGAGCAGAAUUAUGCUGCUGUUCAUGUUUUGGAAGCACUGAUACAUUUGGGCAACUUGAUCUCUGUUUUGGUUUGCAUUGCUACAGUAACUGGGAUUAACACAAACCCCAUCUUUUUUUUUGUUUCACAUAUGCUUAAACAGGAAUGAGAACUGGCAGGCCAGGUUUCCAGUUUGAACUAUUUCUUGCGUCCUGGUUAAUUACAAUUCAAAAGCAGUAGUAAGUUGGCUAAAUCUGUGUCAAUGCAUUUGGGAUAUUUUGCUAUUCUCUGUUUAGGUCAAAUGGAUGACAUAUAACUGUCUGCUUCAAUGAUGACGCUGACUUUGUUUUAUUAAGAGGAAUUAAUUUCCUACAUUACAUGUUUCUGUAAAACACUUGGGCUACAUAGUUUUUCAUUGAGUGUAGUUUAACUAGCUUUUUAAUUAAAACUUAUCACUAGUAAACAGUUAGUGAGCCCUGGUCUUGAAAUAUUUCAUUGUAGGAAUGCCAAACUUGACUGAACCAUUCCAUUCAUAACUGUCUUCAUUUGUUGAAAGUAGUUCUGCCUUCAAAGGUGUAGGUUUUUAAGCUCACAAGAAGGAUUUUUACCGAAGUGUUCUUUCUCCACUUUCUCGUGAUGCUUGCAAAUGAGUUUUGCUGUGGGUUUUGUGACAGACAGAAGAUUGGUAUUUAAGGAUAUUAGUAGAAAGUUGUGGAAAUUUAGCUUUUGCUUUACUUCGGAAAUUUCAGGGAUGUAGCAGUUUUAAAAAUGUGAACUUUCAAUUUUGAGGAGAUUUAGCUUGAGAUAGUUAACAUUUUUUAUUAAUGUUCAAGGUAAAAUGAUUCAAGGAGUAUCUGGAUCUUUGCAUUUGUUCAGAAGCAGCUACAAAUGUCUUCAAAAUUAUCCAUUCCAAAGAUAAAAUACCUUUUGCUUAUUGUUUUAUUUUUUUCUACGUAAUGUCCAAAAGUGUCUCUUUGUAUGUUCCUUCUUUAUUCAGAUGCUCCUUGGCAAUUGUGGUAAAUAAACAUUUUGGCACAAGUGACUGACUAUUUUUAUUCUAGAGAAGAAAACGGUGAGCAUAUUUCUGUCCUUUUCAUAGUAAAAAUGAUUGGAUAAUUUUCUCACCCAAAUCUUUAGUGAAGAAUUUCAAGUUAACAAUUUGCGCUCUCCCAAUUUUUGUUGAAAUGCACAGUAAACUCCUUUUACUGUGGAAGCGGUUUUGAAUUCCACAUUAAGAUCAAAAAUGUCUUUUCUGCAUUGCAAUGGCCAAAUCAGCAACUUAGUAAUGAAUACAUUGGUAGAACCACAAGCUGAGACAUACAGACUAGUGAAUGGUGACAUUUGAAAAGGGAGGGAAAAUGGAGAUGUUACUGUUCUAAUAAUCGGCUAUCUUAAGAUUUGGAUCGAAUGAGAGAUAUUUUGAGCAGCCUUGGUAUUUGUGCACACUGAUCCAGCACUUUCUUGAUUUUUGUUUUCAAAAUGUGCCAAUAGAGAAGAAAUUCUGCAAAAAUGUAUUCCCAACUGACUACAGUAUUCCUAAGUUAACUUUGUUCUUAAUUGACACUUUUUUUUGAGCUGUUAUGUAGCAUGCUGUAAGUCAAAUUUUCAGAGGAGUUGAAAACAGUAUCCAACACAGGUAUUGCAAACUGGAGCCCAUUUGUUUUAAUAAUAAGUUGGAAUGCACAAUAUAAGCACUGUGUAUUAAAGUGACCUUGAAAAAGAAGCAUUUCCAAUAUACUUGGUUGAGUUUUUCUUGACCAUUUAUAAACUUGAGUACUGUUAUUGCUGUAAGUUAAUAAACUUGAUUUAAAAUUGUGGUUUCAUACAAAAAAAGUAUGAAGCCAUUGGUGGAAAAUGAUUGUUAUACAUGUGUGUUUUAGAUUGCCACAAAUAGAGUAAAAUGUUAGAGAACAUAUGAUGGGUCUGGAAAAUUUGUACCUUGAUGUUUAUCAAACUGUGCUUAUUGCAGAUGAUUGUAUUGUAUCCAAAUUUUAACAUGUGUUUCCAAAUGAAUUAAUGUCUUUUGUAAGUAAUAUCACUUGCAAAUAAUGUAUUUUAAAAUUAUUUCUAUUUGCCCUCAAAUAAAAUCUAUUAAACUUA